AUGGAGCCCUGGCGGAAAAGCAUUUUGCUAGCAGGCUGCGCCACCAUGCGGUCGCCAAAUUUAUUCCUAGGUCAAGUGAUGGCAUGAAGGCUCCAAGUCAAACUGCUAAGGGAGGCCGACCCAGUCAAUGCCUUGGCUCCCAGCCUUUGCCCCCCCGCUAUGUUUGUGCUUCUCCUCCUAAGUACGCUGACAGCCCUGCAUGGUGGGGGCCACCCUUUGGACACCCCACACCUUCCAGGGGAGCUGCCUGCGGGACUCUCAAAAAAUAUCAAUAUCACAUCCUUCCCUGGGGUAUUUAAAAAUGUGGAAAGUGUGGCUGCCAUUUUUGACUGCCUGGGCUCCCACUCCACCUGGCUGCAGGCUGUCUUCACCAGCUUCCCUGUGCUGCUCCGGUUUGUGAGUGGCCUGAAGUGUGUGGCUGGUCUCUGCCCCCGGGACUUCGAGGACUAUGGCUGUGCCUGCAGGUUUGAGAUGGAGGGGCUGCCGGUGGACGAGUCUGACAGCUGCUGCUUCCAGCACCGCAGGUGCUAUGAAGAGGCCGCUGAGAUGGACUGUCUCCAAGACCCUGCCAAGCUCAGCACAGAUGUCAACUGCGUCAGCAAGACGAUCACAUGUGAGUCUGCGGAUCCUUGUGAGCACCUGCUGUGUGCCUGCAACAAGGCUGCCAUAGAAUGCUUGGCUCAGUCCCAGAUCAACUCUUCCCUGAACCAUCUGGACACUUCCUUCUGUGUGGCUCAGCCUCCAGAGACAACCAGCACAGAAGAGCUGACGACACCUCGGCCCAGAGUGGUUCCUGUGGAGCUCACAGACCCCAGUGCAAAGGCCCUUUCAGGAGAAGAAGUGGGCCAAGGCCAGGAAGGCACGGAAGCCACUAGGACCACAUCCCCUCCAGGAUCUGCAGAGAUUGCUGCCUCAACAAAAGGAGUAACCAUGGUCCCGGCUGGUUUGAAGUCUUUGGGCUUAGCUGCGUCAUCCACCAAAAGUGGCCUAGAGGAGACAACUGGAAAAGCCUGUGACAGGUUCACCUUCCUGCACCUGGGAAGUAGGGACAACACACGGGUGAUGCCUCAGCUUGGAGAGAUGCUCUUUUGUCUGACAUCCCGGUGCCCAGAAGAAUUUGAAUCUUAUGGGUGUUACUGUGGGCAAGAAGGACGAGGCGAGCCAAGGGAUACCCUGGACAGGUGCUGUUUUUCCCAUCACUGCUGCGUGGAGCAGGUGAGGCGGCUGGGCUGCCUGCUCGGGAGGCUUCCUCGGUCACCAGUGCUGUGCGUGGACGGUACAGCCACGUGUGUGGGGCAGAGCCUGUGUGCAAAACUGCUUUGUGCCUGUGACCAGACGGCGGCCGAAUGCAUGGCCUCUGCCUCCUUUAACCAAAGCCUGAAGUCAUUGGGCGCACAAGAGUGCCAGGGGCCCCAGCUGUCCUGCGAGGACGGCAUGCCUGGGGCGCCUGCGGCUUCCUCCCUUGGUUCCAGCUCUGAGGAGAACAGCGAGGAGGCCAUGCCCCGCACAGAGGGCCUGAGAAGAACCAGAAGAUUUCUGGGAAAAUCACUUGGUCCUGUGGGGUCCAGGCGACAAGGCCCCAGAGAGAUCCCUGGAGAAAGUAACAAGCGCCCCCCACAGUAG